AUGACGACUGCGCCAACCGUCCUCGACACUCAACCCGAACCCGAUGAAGCCCUCGUGCGGCAGAAGAGCAUGCGCGCCAGUCGCUUCCGCCACAUCUCGGCGGAAGUUGGCUUCUGCUUCACCAUCGCCAUGACCCAGUUCCUCGCCGAGUACCUCAUCACGGGCUUCGCCAUCGAGCUCCCUCGAAUCGUCGCACGGAUCGGCGCAGAAGAUGGCGCGGGCUCGAUGGGCACGUUCUGGCCGGCGUCACUGCUGUCUCUCAUCCUCAGCGCUACGCUGUUGAUCUUUGCCAGGAUCAGCGAUAUGUACGGCGGGUAUCUGCCGUUCAUGUUCGGUGUUACGUGGCUUUUCAUCUGGACUUCGGUGGCGGGCUUUGCGAAUUCUCUGACCUUGCUUGAUGUCUCCCGCGCAAUGCAGGGGCUUGCGAUUGCGGCGUUUGUACCCUCAACCUUCGCCAUGAUUGGCAGUAUCUACAGCGAUGGACCUCGUAAGAAUUUCGUGCUUGGAAUGUACGCCGGCUUUGCGCCACUGGGGUUCUUCGGUGGAUUUCUGGCUGCUGGUGCCUUGCCCGAGGACUCGCCUGGCUGGUAUUUCUGGAUUGCAGCGGCGAUCUCCUUCAUCACUGUCGUUACGGCGUACUUAACCGUUCCUCGGGAUGCGGCAGACAGAGAAGCGAUGGACCUCAAGAUGGACUGGGCCGGAGCUAUACUCAUCACAGGUGGCUUGAUUCUGGUCGCUUACGCUCUGGCCGUCGAGCCAUACGCCAGUGAGCUCGACUCGUCCAGGACCGGUUGGAGCUACCCGAUGGUGCUUGGGCCAUUAAUCUCUGGCAUGUUCGCUCUCGGUGCAGCGUUCUACGUCGAAGGCUGGGUUGCAAGAUGUCCUCUCCUUCCAUUCAGCUUCUUCAGGCCGAAAAGCGUGAAGGCAUUCUCCUUCGCCUGCCUCUGCUUCUACGCCUCCUACGGCGUUUGGUUGUACGAGUCAGCAAAGGUCCUCCAGAGCCCUUACGCUACCGGAACAGAGCAUGGUAUCCAAGGAGUGACCCUCGCACUGUGGUACGUUCCUACUGCACUGGGUGGUCUUCUCCUCUGCAUGGUCGGCGGCGCACUUCUUCACAUCGUCCCGAUCUUGCUUCUCCUGUUCAUCUCCGGCCUCGCUUGGAUCGGAGCACCUCUCCUCCUGGCUCUCUGCCCCAUUCCAAUGAACUACUGGGCCUUCGUCAUGCCAUCCAUGCUCUGCGCCACAGCCGGGAUCGACCUCACAUUCACCAUCUCAGUUGUGUUCCUCUCCGCCGUGCAGCCUCUCAAACACCAAGGUCUGGCUGGAGCCGUGUCUUCGAUUCUGGUGAACCUGGCCAUGUCUUUCUCGUUGUCGAUCUCAGAGAUCGUGUCCAUCAAAGCGAAGAGCACGGUCGCAAUGCCAGAUCGCGCAUCAGCUGAGUGGGCCGCCAUGGAUGACGUCCGAACGCAUCGAGGCUCUCAGGCAGCAUUCAUCUACGCUGCUGCCUCCGCGGGCCUUGGUCUUAUCGUAUGCAUUCUCUUUGUGAGGAUCUCCAGGUCUCGUGUCAACACGAAGCCGGUGGAUGAAGAGUGUCCAAGGGAAAAGAACUCGAGGCCGGUGUCAUCUGAGGCGCCAACCUUGACCGAAAGAGAGUCGUGA